AUGUAUGUACUGGUUAAUGUCAGUACUAUAUUGAUAUUUUUGGGUUUUCUUAUUAUUGAUUCAGUUAUAUGUAAUGGUCUUUUUUAUUUACAAAGAAUUCCAUCAUCUUGUGUUGAAACUACAAUAAAUAGUACAACGAAUAAUAAUCUUACUAGUAAUUGUUUUAUCUUUGAUUGGCAACAGAUAUCAAAUUUUACUACUAAUUAUACAACAUAUAUUAAUCCUGAUACAAAUCAAACAUUUUAUGUUUACAGUGGUGCAUUAACUGUUUUAGGUACAAUUGAUAAUUAUGCUUUAGAUUAUCAUUGUCCGCCCACUGGCUAUAAUGGUGUGGGUUCUGGAUGUACAGUUCAAAUAGAUACACAAUUAGUAAUGUUGCAUGUUAAUACUAUAGAUCGAAAAAUAUAUGCAAUUGAUGUUAUUCUUUCUGGAACUCCUUUUCCUUCUCUAAGCAAUUUAACUGAUAAUCAACCUCCAUUUGGUAAAGCUCGUCAUAUAUUUAGUAGUGGAAUUGCAAUGCAAUCUACUGGAUAUCUCAAAAUUUGUAAAAGUAAUACUAGUACUCAAUGUCCUUUUGCAAGUACUAAUACGUAUAAAUUACCUAAUCCAUUGCCCAGUAAUACUGGAUAUGGUAUUUUUGGUAUUCAAGCGAACAGUUUUGUUACGGAUGCUGUAUGGAUCAUGGAUGAUAUUAGACAAUUGCUUAUUGUUACCUUAGGUACGACGUAUUACUAUUUUAAUGCUAGUGGAUUUUUUAUAUAUCAAUAUGACACAAACGCAUGUGCAUGGAUGCCUUCAUGUAACUAUCAAUGUGAAGCUUAUAAUUACAAUUCACGAUUCUUAGAUUAUUCUGGUGUAUGGAUUAUUACAAAGAAAUGGGGUAUUGCUUCUAUGAAACCUGUAGCUGUACAAGCUUGGAUUGGAAAUGCAAUUGAUGCAGCUGGCGUUUUUCCUAUUGUAAUGUAUACUGAUAAUGCAACUGGUCAUUAUAUAGGUUUAGAUAAACUUGAUACAGUUAUAGGCUCGAAAAGGGGUGCUACAUAUUGGUAUCUUAUACAUGACACUACAGUAACAUUGACUACUAUUGCAACAUAUCGUCCUAGUGUUGUUGAUGUUGGUUGUGUUAGCAAAUUAAGCGAUUGGGCUGGUACGAUGUCUAGUUGUGCAACAUUUUUUAAAUUAAACAAUAUUCAAAUUAUAAUUACCUUAUUAAUUUUAACAUAUAUAUAUUUUUUAUGA